AUCAAGAGUAUAACGUGAACCAGUUAUAAAAUUCAACAUUACUGUAGUCAAGAUAAAAUAUUUGUUCUGAUUGGCUCUUUUCCAAAAAUCCUAUUUCCAGCAUAUCCAGAGUUAUAAUUUUAGAUUGGGCUGGAUCAAAUUCAAAUUUUCUGGGUGCUCAUUAUCUUGGCCUUUUUGUCAUACAAUAUUUUAAUUUAUUUGUUUUCAUUUAUUAUCUUCAUUUUAAAGUGCUUUAAUAUCAAGAUACGUAAAAACCUACAUUCACAGAAUGAGUACAGAGGAGUCGCAACAGUUCUGUCUCAGAUGGCAUAAUUACCAAAGUUCACUUAUGUCAACUCUGCCUCAGCUUUUAAAUCAUGAUGAUCUGACUGAUGUUACAUUAUGUGCUGGUUUGAGAACACUUAAAGCACAUCGUGUUGUUUUGUCUGCAUGUAGUGACUAUUUCAAACAGUUAUUUAAAGCACUCACAAAAGAAUUAGGAGCAAGCCAUCACCCAGUGAUUGUUUUGCCUGGCGUUGAAUUUACUGAUCUCUGUGCUCUAGUCACAUUUAUGUACAGCGGUGAAGUAAAUGUUUAUGAACAUCAACUAGCUAGCAUGCUUUCCAUGGCUGAUACAUUACAUAUUAAAGGCUUGGCUGAGUUUUCUAAUGUACCUGGUUAUACAUCUGGGACAUUUGAGAAAUCAUCCAAAUGGAAAAGACCACGAGUUGAAGAAUCAGAAUCCUUUAAUAACAGGAUGAUGUCAAGACCAACAUUAAGUGAAACUGAAGUUUUUGCUGAUUUAGAUGUUGCUCAAGAUCUAAGUAAGCGUGUUCCAGAAAAUGAUAAUCAAGACGAUAGUGUAAACUUAGCAACUACUGUUGACCAUAAACCGUCCACAUCAGAAAUAAAUGUAUCUUACGGUGAAGAAGCUCCAACACCUACAGAUUUAGUUCAAGGUCCAGUUGUACAGGGUUCACAGUCAGAUAAUAUCAAAUCACGAACACCUGUAUCCAAGCUGUAUACAAUGUGUUUCAUAUGUGGAAAACAGCUUAGUAAUCAUUACAAUUUGCGCGUUCAUAUGGAAACCCACCAAAAUGCACAGUAUGCUUGUUCAGUGUGUAGUCAUGUUUCUCGAUCCAGGGAUGCAUUAAGGAAACAUGUAUCUUAUAGACAUCCACGUCCCAACAAUAAUAAUACAACCACGGAUAAUUCAUCUACAGUGGAUUCUUCACAUAAUGUUAACAAGCUUCCAUCAACUUGACCCAAAAAAAUACGUUUGAUACAUUUAUUGUUAUUGUUUAAUUUAUUGUUGUUACCCUUUAGUUAAUUUUUUCUUCUAGUUAUAUCCAUAUUAAUCGUUGACCUGUUAUUUUUAUUGUGUGAGUGUUUGAUUGUUAUUGUUAUAUAUUGUUAAAAUUUAUAAGCUGUUGUUGAAAUGAUAGAAAAAUACUGUAAGAUGGUCCAUUUUAAAUAUAAAGUAUAAACUUGCUUUGGAAAUAUUCAACCGUACCACAGGUAAAUUACAAGCAUAUAUAUAUUAGUCAAUAGAGUACUAAAAACGUUCAGUUGAAAAAAUAAUAUAACUGUCCUUGGAGUCUUAAUUUAAACAUAAAGACAUUUAACAUUUUAUCUUUUAUUAUAAUGAUUUAUUAUUAUAAAUCUAGUUAAAUAACUGUUUAUAAAUAAUAUCUAUCAUAUAGCUAAAAAUAGCUAUAUUAGUUCAAAAAUAAAUUUAAUACUUUUCGUAUUAAAGUUACAUCUAGAUUUAGAUUGAUGCGGCAGGCUAUAAUGCUGCUUUGUUGAACUGUUUUACAUCAAAUUAUUAUUUUCAAAUAUGUUUAUUUGUAUUUAUUUUCAAUGUUAUUUAUUAAUAUUAUAUUAAAUCAUACCUUUAGAUUAUAAAAUAGAUUACCAAUGAUAUAUCAGUUUAAGUUACCAAUGUUUAAUCCAAUAUUGUUUACAUAAUUAUUAUAGCCUACUGAUGUAAUUUUUUUUUAUGGAGAACAGCCCAGUAGGCUCAUUAUAAUGUCUCCAUAUAGUUUGUUGACGGUAUAAACAAUAACUUAAUUUUUUUUUUUUACUUCUGUGAUAAAUUAAUAUUAUGUAAAUUAUUACCAACCACUGUAAAAGGUUAUGAUUGUUAAAUUUACUGUGAUACAGCCUGUUUUAAAAAAAAGUUAGAAUAAUAUUAUCUAUUUUUAGUAUGAAACCAUAGGAAUGGUUAUAUAUAUUAGAUAUACAUUUGAGUUUCAGUUGUUGAAUAUUUAUUUGCAGUGUAUAAAAUGUAUGGAAUUAGUGAACUGUGAUAAUUUUUUCUUUCGUCUAUUAAUGUUCCAUGAACCUGCAUGAUUUUUUAUUUUAUUUUUGUUAUAUCCAAGUGCCUUUUACCGUCAUUUAGAUGCUAGUCAUUCAAAAUUAGACUUAAUAGUGAGAAUAAAAAAAUGUUUAACCAUUUUGAUUAAACUGUUCUAUUAAGUUAAAAUGUAAUGGUUCAUGUAGAAGUAUGGUGAUAUAUGGAGACUAAAUUUAAUAAUAUUUAUAGUA